GAUCUCCGGGAUCAGCUGGGCUCGACUCCCAUGCGGCUGUGAAACGCGGCUGUGGCUCGGUUUCUAUAAAUGACUUUCCACCGCCUCUUCCUCUUCUUCAGGCAAUAGCAAACCACCGGCACCAGACACCACAAUGUCCUAUCACCCCAUUGGAGAUGAAUACGAGCACACGGCUGAGGAUGAGCAGGUCGACCAGUCCUACGCCAUGAGCGAGCUGCCCAGCGACGCAAACUACCCGGACGUCGACCCCGACGAAGACGCGUAUUAUCUUGCCGCGCCCGACAACCUGCCCCUCGCCUCCUCCGCCUCGGGUAUCUACGACCCCUUCGUCAACCAGUCGAAUGAAGAGUACGAGUCUAAGGACGGCUUCUCGCACCGGCAUCACUCGUACCAGCUCUCGGAGUCGUACAUCACCGUCCCCACAGACAGAGCCAGCACAUACGCGACCUCCAUCAUUGACCCUGCCGAACUCGAGGACCGCGAAUGGCAGAAGCGCCAAGAGAAAAAUACAGAGAAUCUGCAGCGAUUUGCUACCAGACGCGUCAAACUCGACAAGAAUAAAAUCUUCAGCGCAAACUACGCUGUACCUUCUCCUCUCAAAAAUGGCAUUGAGCGCAAGUAUAUCGAUCUCGAAUAUGGCUCGGACGAGUUCACUCAUCUCAGAUACACUGCCGCUACGUGCGACCCCGAUGAGUUCGUCGGUAAAGGCUACACCCUUCGCCAGAAAAUGUACGACCGCAGGACCGAGCUCCUGAUUGCAAUCACGUAUUACAACGAGGACAAGGUGCUCACUGCACGCACAUUGCACGGUGUCAUGAAAAAUGUCCGAGAUAUCUGUAACCUGAAGCGGACCAGAUUCUGGCACAACGGUGGUGCAGCUUGGCAGAAGAUUGUCGUCUCGCUCAUUUUUGAUGGAAUUGACCCCUGCGAUAAGGGAACUCUUGACAUGCUUGCUGCUAUUGGUAUCUACCAGGAGGGUGUCUUGCGUAAGGAUAUCGACGGCCAGGAGACCGUCGCUCAUAUCUUUGAGUACACGACCCAAUUCUGCGUGACUCCAAACCAAGAGCUGAUUCGCCCGACCGAGGGCGCGGCCGACAAUCUUGCUCCGGUCCAAAUGAUUUUCUGCCUCAAGCAGAAAAACGCAAAGAAGAUCAACUCGCAUCGCUGGCUCUUCAACGCCAUCGGUAAAACUAUCAACCCCGAAAUCUGCAUUCUUCUCGAUGCAGGAACAAAGCCCGGGAGCAAAUCUCUGCUCGCCCUCUGGGAAGCUUUCUACAACGAUAAAAAUCUUGGAGGAGCAUGUGGCGAGAUCCAUGCUAUGCUGGGUCGUCACAACAGGAAUCUGCUCAAUCCCCUGGUGGCAGCUCAAAACUUUGAGUACAAGAUCUCGAAUAUUUUGGAUAAACCCUUGGAGUCUUCUUUUGGAUACAUCAGUGUUCUUCCUGGUGCGUUUUCGGCCUACAGAUUCAGGGCCAUCGAAGGUGUUCCUCUACAGCAAUACUUCCACGGCGAUCAGACGCUCGCCAAGCGACUUGGAAAAAAGGGUGUGGAAGGAAUGAACAUUUUCACGAAAAACAUGUUUUUGGCCGAAGACCGAAUUCUCUGCUUUGAGGUUACUUUCAAGAAGGGGUGCAAAUGGCAUUUGGCCUACGUCAAGGCUGCAAAGGCCGAGACUGAUGUUCCCGACCGAGCGCCGGAGUUCAUCUCUCAACGUCGACGUUGGCUGAAUGGUUCAUUCGCGGCUUCCGUCUACGCUCUUAUGCAUUUUACCCGCAUGUACAGAAGUGGCCACAACAUCUUCCGUCUGUUUAUGUUCAACAUUCAAUCUCUCUAUAACUUGGUCCAGAUCUUCUUGACUUGGAUCAGUCUUGCAUCGUUCUAUCUUACGACUACCAUUGUCUUGUAUCUGGCGGCCGACCCGACUUAUAUGGGUCAGAAAGCAGCUGAUAACGCGCCUACGAUGCCAAUCCCGAAUCAAAGAAACGUCAACAAGAUUAUCGCGGUCGUAGUAGAUUAUCUCUACGUCGGCAUGCUGGUGUUAUCCUUCCUUUUAGCACUUGGAAAUCGACCGAAGGGUUCCAAGUACUGGUAUUAUUUUGCAAUCACAAUGUUUGGAGUUAUUCAGUACUACGCCCUGGUCAUCUCGUUCAUGCUCGUCGCUCAAACCCUAGGCUCAGCCGAUUUCGCAAAAGCACCGGAUCAGAGUCUUGUCAGUUACAUCUUUGGCUCGAUCCCGCUUUUGAUUGUCAUUGCCCUCGUUUCAACUUACGGUGUCUAUCUGCUCUCUGCGAUCUUCUACCUCGAUCCCUGGCAUAUGCUCAACAGUUUCACGCAGUACACGUUUUUCAUGCCGAGCUUCACAAAUAUCCUCAAUGUCUACGCGUUUUGCAAUUGGCACGAUGUUUCAUGGGGUACCAAGGGCUCAGACAGCGCCGACGUUCUUCCGUCUGUGCACACUAAGAAAACCGAGGAUGGUGAAGCUGUCAUUGUCGAGGAGCCGGAUCUGCCACAAGAAGACAUCGACGCUCUUUUCCACGAGACCGUGACGCGUGCGCUGACGAAAUACGUACCGCCUGCGAACGACAACAAGAGCAGUCUCGACGACGCGUACCGAAACUUCCGCACCAAUCUCGUGAUUGCCUGGAUUCUAUCAAACAUGAUUGUCGUCUUUGCAAUCACGUCGACCAGUCUGCAGGGCAUCAUUCCGAGCGAGACGAAUGAGGCCGUCACAACGAAACGAAAGAACUUCUUCGCGCUGCUGCUCUGGGCGACUGCGAUUAUUUGUCUCAUUCGUCUUUGUGGAAAUAUGCUUUUCCUCUUCAAGACGAGUAUUCUGUUUUGCGUCAUGAAACGCUAGAGACGUAAACACAUGUAAAAAUUAGUGAUUUGGGUUAUAUAUUCUAUGUGUGAUCUUUUGGAUUCUUUGCAUAUUAAUGAAAACGAAUAUCUUACUCUCCUUGGAUCAAUUAU